UAAUGAUUACUAAGCCUCUCUUCGAUUUAAUGAGAAAAUCCAUUUGCACUCAGACUUUGCUUAGCUACUACUGCAGGAUGAUGUCGAAAUGGGUAGCAAUGAUGGUUUAUACAGUUCUUAUCCAAUGGAAACGGACCUAUGGUGGCGUUUUAGAUUGCACUCCUACCAUGUCUAAUAGAUCAGUGUGGUUGUCAAGCACAAACUCAUCGGUGAACAUUUCAAGUCCUACAGCAUCUUUUUUAACCUCGUCGGUUUAUUGUUCGUGGAAAGCGUUCGUUCCCUUAGGAUACCAGAUUAAAGUUCACUUCAGUUCCUUCAACAUAACAAACAGUUCGAACUGUUUUAAGGCGUCUGUAGAAAUAGCCGAAGUGCGAGACGAUGUUCACAAAGUCCUAGGUCGAUAUUGCGGAAAAAUACCUAAUGACGUCUUCUCUACGUACAACUUGAACACUCUCACGGUAACAUACACUGCAUCAAUUGAGCCUGGGCAGACACAUCAAGGAUUUUAUGCCUCAUUAAUGCUGGUGUCACCAGCGGAGUGUAGCCAAGAACAUGACCCCGAUGCAAACAAUAACAUAAUGAGGAGCGGCACAAAUGGCACCAUUCAAAGCCCUCUUAAUACAUUGUCUCACAACAUCGAUACGAAAUGCCGCUGGACUAUAACAGUACCCAGCGGUCACCGUAUCAAGCUUAACUUCAGCGUGUUCCACCUGGGGGAAAUCGCAGGGCAGGAUACUUGCGAUGGAGUUGAUUACGUGGAUGUGCGAGAUAGCUACAAUGAUAAUGACCCACCCUAUGGAAAGUUCUGUGGAAAUAAUAAACCUUCUACAAUAUAUUCAGUCGGACCAAGGAUCGUCGUAACGUUCAUAUCAGACGGGAAGAAACCUUUACGGGGGUUCUCCGCUAAGUUCUCCGCUAAGUUUGAAGCAAUUUCCGGAGGUGUAUGUACCCCCAACAACAGAAUCAUUCAACUUAAUCUGACCCAAAAUUCAGUGGGGCGUUUAUCGUCACCAGAUUACCCUCUCCAAUUACCUUCUGUCAGCUCGUGUUUUUGGCGACUGAAGGCACCCGAUGGCUACUGUGUUAAGCUUUCUUUCACCUCGCUGAAUAUUAAAGGAGAAUGUGAAGAAGAGGGUCAUCGAGAAGAGCUAAUGCGAGUCGAUGAUUACUUCACCACCGACUUUGGCAGUGUUACUUCUUUUUGGGGUCACUUUUGCAAAGAUGUCCAACCGCAAGUGAUAUACUCAACACGAAAUGAACUCCAAAUUUUUUUCACUUCUAACUAUUCAAAUGGAAAGGAUUACAGUAGUGAUAAGCCAGUGGAUCCCAACUCGGCCACCGGCUUUUAUGGAACUUACCAAGUUACUCCGCAAGGUCAUACAAGCCGUUGUCGAACUGAUUCAAACAAAGAAAAUUUCAUUACAUUGAAAGGUAGCAGAGGUUCUCUGGUAAGCCCAGGGUAUCCAAAUUCCUAUCCCAUAAUUACUUGUACCUGGCGUCUUGUCGUUCCGGAUGGUCAUAUUCUAGAAAUGGACGUACAAGAUUUUGAAAUGUCUUGCGAUGGAAAGAGCAAACUACAAGUCGGUCAGGAGGUCUUCUGUGGUUCCAAAAAACCUCAAGGCCUUUUGACAUCUGAUUCCGACUUAACCGUGAGGAUGAUUGUAACAGAGUCGCAAAAUAACCGCGGCUUUCGUGCGGAGUUUGUAACAAAAGAGAAAGAAGUAGACGCGGCAUCGAUCGUUCCGUGGAUAGUGAUUCCAGUCAUUGUUGUGGCGAUUUGCGUGACAAUGGUGGUAAUAUGGAGAAGGAAGACAGCAGCUGAGCGUGACCGCCGAGGGUCUUCAUUCAAAGCCAGUAUAAUAAAGCGGAUGAGAACACAGUCAACAAACAGUCAGUUUUAAACUAAAUGAAAUACACAAUGUGAACAAAACAGUUUAAAUGCCGAAGAAUCAUGAUAUGCGCGGCUGACCAAGUGGUAACCGAAAAGAACGAAGUGCGCCAUUUUCACGAAUAAGCAUUUGAAGCACAGUGGUCCUGGCUUCACUGGAAAAGAAUGUAGUUGGUUUAGCUAGGAUAAUGAAGUGCACAGCCUUUAGUGGAAACCAUGCAUGAAUUAAGAGUAAAAGAGAAAAUAUUUCCAGGUCCCGCCAAACUUCUUGUAAGUGGGUUUUCACUGCCCAUGUAUAUAAUGUACAAUUUUGGAAGUUCCUCUUAAAAUCAGAUAUUCUCUUUAAAAUCAAAAUAUAUGGAUUAAUAAAAUUGAAUCAAAACGGUCAUAAGAAAUUGUAGGUAAAAAGUUGUUUCCACUUUUUUCGUUUUCGUUUGUUUCCAGCCACAGGAACCUAAUUACUCAACGCGCAUGCAAUAGAGUUGUAAAAGCAGUAAAUGUUACAGGCGAUACCUGUUAGUAUAGUACCACUGUGCUCUGUUUUAGUGUUUCCCAGUUCGUCCGUGUCAACUGAGAAACAUCCCGACCUCACUCUCUUAGCAGUUAACAACAAAAGGUUGUAAAAACCUGUCACAAAAGCAAAAAUAUUUUUAAACAGAAGCUGGAGGGAGUGAGAAGGUACCUGGGCACAACGGCUAUAAUUGAAACUUAUGAGAUGUUGUACUUGCAAAACUGAAACUGAGAAUUAAAUAUCAACGAAGAAACCUACACAAAUGUUCCUACCCAAAGAAAAAUUACGCGGAAAGGAAUUAAGGUUGGUGGAAAGAAUUUGAAAACAAGAGAGAUGAUGUCCGUACAAUGUACAAAUGUAACUGAGAAUGCACCAAUGAAAUAACCGGGAGAGCGCCCACAGUAUUUAGCAGAGGGUGCGGCAAAAAAGGUAAUUAAUAAAAUCGCAGAGAGCAAUA